ACUAGUAGAACAACCUAUUGAGCAUAGUAAGAAUGAUUUAGACAUUUAAAAAAUUAACCCUACAUUUUGAUUGAGAUCUUAUGAAUAUUAUUCAAUUAUCCUUUAUUUAAUCAUAAAAUAUAUGAGUGAUAUCGGUGAAGGUUUUUAAAGUCGAGUGUUUUCCCAACUUAACAAUAAUGAUCCGGUUCGGAUUGAAACUGGGUAUUGCAGCAGGUUCCACUUAUUACACAGUGGAACAGGGAGUGUGGAAAGACAGUGAUACAACAGAAAAAAUUUAUAAUAAUAUCAGUGAAUUAGUUUCACCGUAUAUUACUCAAGUAACAAGUCAAUCACCAAUUAAAAUUACAGAAAUUCCGACACCAAGUGUAGCUGUUGAUCGAGCACCUGCAUAUUGGAAUAAAGCUGUAAAUAAGAGUUGUAUAUUUUUAUGGCAUUUACCUGAAACCGUAUAUGAUAAGUCCGCUUCUUUAUACAACCAAUUAGUCACAAAUCCAGAUUUUUCAAAAUUAGUAUCAUUCUCAAGUACUAAUGAAGAAAAUAAACAAAAUUAAUAAAUCAUGAUAAUUAUCAAAAUGUAGUCUCAAUCAAAUUGUAAUUUGUUGUUUUUAUUUAAUAAAAAAUAUAUUGUGAAUAUAAA